AUGUCUCGGCAUCGUAGCAAACAUUCGAAGGGACACAAAGACGAUCGGAGGCGGGGUCGAUCUCGUUCACACAAAAGAGAUCAUAAGCGAAGCAGUCAUAAUGCCAAGCAUAGGAAGCGUAGCAGACGAGAUUCUUCGGAAGACCUGUCGAAACGAUACGUGGCUACCACGCUUGGUGGUAUGAUUCUGGAGGAAAAGAAAAAGAAUAAGAAGAAGGAGUCUUCUGGAUCCGUGUCCAGCUCGAGCAGCGAUGAUGAAACGCCGGUAAAACCAUCAACACUUGAAGGCAUGGAGGCACCAUCAAAUGGCUUUGGGUUUAUGCAAGCCUCUAAGCCAAAUGCGGCUUCGACAUCGGCUCCUGCGGUACAACCUAUAGUCUUGCCAACACCGGCCGUGUUUACACCAAAUGUUCCGCCCCCAAGUAUGAUGACAAUGCCGCCACCACCCGUCAUCGCUCCUCAAAUGGUCCCUGCAAUGAUGCAUCCCGCGUAUCAGGCGCCGGAUAAUCCGCAGAUGCCGAUGCAUCAAAUCCCGCCUCCACCACCCGGUUACAUCCCGAUGCAACCCUAUCCGUUGGCGCAACAAUCAUGCUCCAAGGAUUACGGAAUGCGCCCACCGGCGGCAGUAAUGGCGUCCGUCUCGUGUAUGGUGCCUCCGCCCCCACCUGCGGGAGUACAGCUUCACCACCAAAUGGGAGCGCCUCCAGCUCCCACUCAUCCGACCAUCCCACCACCACCACCCGGUCAGGCUCGGUUUAUACCCCCGCCACCUCCAGCUCGUACUCAAGUGGUUCGAAGGAAUCGACCAACUGUACUGGCUUCAUCUGACAAUCUGCGACGCAUUAUGACGGACACCCCAUGGGGUCGCGGUUCCCUUGACGAUUAUGUUCAACAGAUGCAAGUCGGCGAAGGAACCUAUGGACAGGUCUACAAAGCGAUACACAAAAAGUCUGGCCAAACGGUUGCGUUGAAGCGGAUUCGACUCGAAAAUGAGAAAGAAGGAUUCCCUAUUACGGCCAUGCGGGAAGCUAAGAUCCUACGCCAAAUUAAUCAUUGUAAUAUCGUGCGUCUAGAAGAUAUUAUUACUGAAGCUAAGGAUAAGCGAGAGCUUUUCUCCAAGAAAGUUGCUCACUAUCUGGUAUUUGAAUAUGUCCAUCACGAUCUUCACGGAUUGCUAGAGUCGGGAUUGGUGAAUUUCAAUGAAAUCCAAGCUGGCGCCGUCUUCAAGCAGCUUAUUGAGGCCCUCGUCUACGCACACGACAACAAGAUCAUGCAUAGAGAUGUGAAAUGCUCAAACAUUCUACUGACCAACACGGGGGUAUUGAAGCUCGCCGAUCUUGGGUUGGCCCGAUAUUAUAACGAUCAAGAUCGCCCCUACACAAACCGGGUGAUCACCCUUUGGUACCGCCCUCCAGAGCUUUUGUAUGGGGAAGAGCGUUAUGGUCCAAAUAUUGAUGUGUGGAGCGCUGGAUGUAUCCUUGCCGAACUCUUCCUCCGCCGCCCGCUUUUUGCUGCACAAGCUGAGGGAGCACAAAUAGAACUAAUCCAAAAAGUGCACACCCCGAGGCAUACCUUCCCUCGUACUUUGCGGCGUGAGCUUAGCUUCAUCCCGAAGGAUCCCCUGGACUUGAUCGAUCGCAUGCUUGUCAUGAAUCCAAAGAAACGCCCGAGCUGUGUCGAAGCGUUGCGGCAUCCCUUCCUGGCAAAGAUUGAUUUGGAAAAGGUGUUGCCCCUGGACUUGCCUAAGGAAAGCUGUUAUGAACUAUCGACGAAGAAGGCCAGAAAGGAGAAGAGGGCUCGAGAGCAAGCACUUCGCGAGCAACAACAGCAACAGCCGCAAUCCGGUCAAGGAUCCUCUCGGACUCAGACUGCUCAGCAAUUCCCGCCGACAACUUCGAGACGGCCACCUCAAACUCCGCCAACGGUGAAGCCACCAGCCGGAAAGCCCAGCAUCCUGUCGAUGUUUGCCCAAAAUCGCUCGCUUGAAUCGAUUGUUCGGUGCGUACAGCAACUAUCCACGACCGAGGCAUGGGAGACAUUGAAUUCUUGCGUGCGUGAGGGUAUAAUGAAGAACAAACCUGCAGAAAAAGUGUCACCACAAAAGCAACUAAUCGAUCUUUUCAACUCUCUCCAUUCAACAAGAAUGGAAAAACCCUCGGUUCCGGUC